UCAGUUAGGUAUAAUUGCACUUACCUACUUACUUGUUUAAAGAUAUUUGAAACCAAAACGUAAAUUGAUACUUUAAGUAUUUCUUUACAUAGUAACCUGGUUGGUACUUAUUUUAAAAUCCUCGGCGACUAAAAAAAGCUGCUAGAAGUUUGUUUUGUUCGUCCCAACCCCUAACGCUAUGCUAUAGCCCAACGAAAUAAAGAAACUAAUAGAUAAUCGCUACGUCAGUGUCAGAUACUGAUAGUGACAUUGAUACUUUCACGUUGGUUUAUUUUGAUUUGAUGCUCAUCUUACAUAAAAUCUAACCUAAACAAGCAUUUUCAAAAGUUGAUUUGAUUAAAAUAAUCUGACAUAAGUACAAAAAUAAGUGAUUAUAAAUCUAACAUAUUAUACUUUUUAAUUGGUACAGAGAUGUCUUGUGUAAUGAGAAUUUUGUCUAAAGUUCCAUUCAGGAAUGUUAAGCAUGUACUAUGGUUUUCGUCUGAAAUUCAUACAAAAAGUUUUCGUGACUUCCACAGUAAUCCUAAAUUGUGUUACAAAAUGCAUUUAGAAAACGAAAACAAAUACGCAUAUACUAUAAUGGAAAAAAAUGGAUACUCUAUGCGUUUGAGUAAAGAUAAUAAUGUUUUGCCUAUAACCACAAAUGAAUUCGAAAAAAUUAUACAAGAAAAUUGGGCUAAAAAGAAACCAAAUGAGUUGAUUAACUACUUUUCGCAGUUGGGCACAUUUUGCUCGACAAAUAAUUUGUGUAUGUCAAAUAAAAUGUUUGAUAAUCUUAUAGAUAGUCUUACAGACAAUGUCAGAUAUUUAUCAGACCAAGAACUAGAAUUAUUAUUUUAUAGUGUAACUGAUUGGCCUGAAACUGAAUCAAUAAGAACAAGAAAUUAUAUAGAAAUCUGGGCUGCAUUAGAUGAUGAAUGUAUAAACAGACUACAAGGGUGGUCCUUUGAUGAUAUGCUCAAGUUUACAAGUCUUUUUUUUAUGUUAAAUGUCACAAGAGUAAGUGAAUUUUCUCAAAAAUCUGUGCAGAAAUUAGCCUCUAAAGCAAAACAGCUAACACAUAGUCAAAUUGUACAGGCUCUAUUUUAUAUUGGAAUUAUGAGAAAGUCACCACACGAUAUGCAUAACUUAGAACUCGAAUUGGACAAAAGAUUCAAAGAGUUUUCUUUAGAUGAAUUGGCUGUAAUGUCUAUGGGAUUUUUCAAAAGUAAAACUCCAAUCAGAGAUAAUGAAGUAGUUUUUAAAAUAAUACAUAAGAUAAUGGAAAACUCUAAAGAGAUCAAUGAAGUGUCACUAGCUGCUCUUUUAAAAAUUAUUAGAUAUUCAUUGCAUACAUGUAGGAAUAAUGAGAUUUAUGAUUUGUUAGAUACUUUACAACAUGAAGUCCCUCGAUUAUCAAUUAUGUGCAAUGUUCACUUAGCAUUAUUAGGGACUGCCACUCUCACUUUACAUAAAGAAUGUUUACUUAAAGUUGGCAAAACUGUCAGCUCUCGUAUUUCUGAAGCAAGAUUAAAAGACCUUGAAAGAUUAGUGUUAACUUUUGGAAUUUUUAAUGUCACACUGAAAACCAAAGAAUGUUUUUUUGAAAAAGUUAUUAAUGAAUUAAAAAAUCCUGACAGGCAAAGUGAAAUUGAAAAACAUGCUAGAACAUAUGCUUGCUGUAUAUCAUUUUUUAGUCUUGUAGGAAAAUAUCCUGUUGACUUGAUGAGUAAUGUUUUAAGUUCAGAAUUUUUGAAAACAAAUUAUGGAAAGCAUUGUCCUAGUUAUGGCAAAGAAAUUUUAACUAUACAUACAACUGCUGAAAUAUUUUGCCCUCAAGCUAAAAUGAAUCGUCUAACUGAUAAAUGUGCAAUAAUAUUGGCCAAAAAGUAUACAGACUUUGUACCGAGUGAAGAUUAUGUCAAAAAAUAUAAUGUCAGUGAGAGAAUGUUCUUGGACGUUAAGCAAUUACUAAAAGAGGCAAGAGGUGGGGACAAAUUUGUUUUAGGUGAUCAUGUACUGCCACAUCAUCAGAGAGGAGAUAUUAUCAUCUGUAAUGAUCAUGACGGGUUACCAGUUGAGAUACCAGAAAAUUAUAGACGUAACCUAUUUGGGUUGGCACGAAGAGUUCCUGAUCAUAAUCAUUGGAUUGUACUAGUCAUAGGAGGCAAAAAUGCAUUUAUAUCGGGUAGUGAUACACCAACAGGUCCAUUCCUUACGAAAAUUAAAGAAUUAAGGGCAUUGGGAUAUCAUGCAGCACUGGUUAAUUGGACGACAUUUAAUAAUUUGAAAACAAAUGAAGCGAAAUUUAUUUAUAUUAGUAAUCUCAUUACGAAUAAAGCUUUUAGUUAAAUAAUGUGUUUAAUUAUUCUUAAACUACCACUAUUAAUGUGAAAGUAUAUAAUAAGGUGCGAAACCACUGUACCAAACACAAAAUAAUUAGAUAUACCGAUCUCUUGGAAAUUUUGUUUUACACAAAUUUUCAUCAAAAUAAACCAGAAGCUUUUGCGCAUUUAUACCAACCAAGGAUAUGAAAAAUAGUUUUAG